ACGUGGUCUAAGUAGCAAAGAUGGAUAUUGGCGCUCCGGCGCCACUCUAAGAAAAGGUGUUGCAUCACGCGCAGAGAUCGGAAGGAUCCUUCGCCUGAAAACUUGUUUGCUUCUGACGGACCGAAAAGAUAGAUGAGGCGGAUCGAAGGAAGGAAUAGCCACCAAUCUUCGGAGUGGUUGCUUUGUCGUCUCCUUGUUGGGCACUUUUUUGGUUUCUUGUGCUAGCUAGCUAGAGAGAAGAGUGAGAAAAGUGAGAAACCCUUUCUGUUUUUGUGACAAAUUGAUCCCUUGAAUAGCCUGGGCGCACAAUGAGUAUUACUGUGAUUAAGAUUCUGAUAACGGCGGCAAGCCUUACCGCUGCCGUCCUGUGGGUGGUGGGCAGGCACAACGACCACAUGGCCUUGUUUUCGCCGCAAUCGAGUCUCAGAGGGUCAUCAGCAGCUGACGAUUCCCAACGAGAAUUGAAAAUUGUGGUGGAACGGCGCUUGCCCGAUCUUGAGGGGUUUGGUGGAGAGCCAGAUGAUUCUUAUUUUCCGCUGCAGCUUUGUCAAGGCGAUUGCGACUCGGAUGACGAAUGUGAUGUUGGCCUGGUGUGUUUCCAACGAAGUGGUGGGGAGAACGUGCCGGGUUGCACGGGGAAAACGGACAACGAUAUCCUGACAGACUAUUGCAUAUUAGGCAGUAUCAUCCAGGCUGCUACCAAUCCCCCCGACAACAAUGAUGGAAGGCCCAUGGCACAUUUGGAACUAGUGGCCCAGAACGGUGUGCCGGCAUCGGCAUAUCCACUGGAGUUGUGUGAAGGAGACUGUGAUGAUGAUUCAGAUUGCGAGGGAGAACUUGUGUGUCUGCUCCGAGAAAUCGACGACCCCGUCCCGGGUUGUCUGGGCCCGGAAGGGUUGGCAAGUCGCACCGAUUUUUGUGUCUACCCUCCGAUUACGGCAGCCCCCACGUCGAGCCCCACAUGGAACCCGACCACGAGUCCCAGUACGCCUUUACCAGCAACUCUGGAUCCAACCUGGUCUCCUACGGACGCACCAACGGCACCCGUCUUGUCUCCCAAGGCAUCUGCUCUCACGGAUGCACCAACCACUCCUGUCGUGACUCCCACACCCACCGCUUUUGAUACAUCCAACGCUGCGGCGUCGUCUCCAACGACGUUUCCAUUGGGUGGCUCGGCGGUCCUGGAUGUGCCUACGAGUGGAGCUGCUACCACUACCGUGGCGCCUUCCAUGGCUGCCACGGAAACUACUGAUUCGCUUGUGCCAACUCAAGUCACCAGCACCCCUACUGGUGCCCUUGGCCCCGUGGCGCCCGGUAGUGCCCCAUUGCCUGCUUUGACCAAUGUCGGGAAUAACGGCGACUUUGCGCACUAUCCCCUUGGCUUGUGUGAGGGAGACUGCGACACGGAUGACGAUUGCGAAGGAGAAUUGGUCUGCUUUCAGAGAACCAAAACACAGCCCGUCCCUGGAUGCCAAGGUGCAGGAGUCUUUGCGGCAGACUAUUGCUUUGUCAAAAUGUCUAGUCCACCCACCACGCCAACUCCAACCACAGUGGCGACACCAUCCAUCACAGUAGUACUUCCAGUGGACGACGUUACCUUGUCUCCAACUGGUGCUUUCUCUACAGGGCAACCGACCCAAAGCGAAACUGAGAUUGACACUUCCAUGGUGCCUUCCGUUUCCAUGGCGCCCACGCUUCGAGGCACAUUGUCAGGCUCUGUGGUUGCAACCACAACAAAGUCGCAACCAACCAUAGUGCCCACUACGGAAAGUCCAACCUCCGCGCAGUCGGGGAUCACGACGGCAUUUCCAAGCAUUGCCAUUGUGCCCGAUAGUGUUUUCACGACAUCGCCAACCGCCGUGGUCUCGACUGAAGAACCAACGGAAGUGGGAUCAGCAUUUGGCACAACAAUUGCACCAAGCGACGUCACAUCGUCGCCGACGUCAUCUGCGGAACCCUCGACUACUCUUCCAGAAACGUCGUCUCCUACCAUGGUGAUCACAUCGCCGCCCACUGCUCUCGAAGAGCCGAACACCGAAGCUCCUUCGGUUGCGCCCACCGUCACAAGUAUGGUCCCCACUCGAGUCUCAUCGGUUGUAGGAGGCGAGACGUUCUCUCCAACUGAAAGAACGUCUCUGGAGACACCCAACCUCAACUCGGGUCAACCCAGUGCAAUCGAGACUCAAGCCCAGUCCACAUUGCCAACGAGUUUGCAGUCUUCUGGGACAGAGGCUCUACCACCGACGGAUCAACCAACCAGUCUUCAAGUCAUCGCAAUACCUGCUACCAGUGAGCUGAGCAUUGUCCGUGAAGCUCGGAUUAUGGACAAGCAGCCUGAGAUGCAUCCCCACGAAAAGGAUGUCUUUAGUAACUCAGCCGUAGCGGACGAUUCUCCGCAGGAAUCGGAAGAGCGAGAUGUGUUCAGCUUGCCCUUUUUACAAUUGUUAGGUGCGGAUGGAAUCUUUGAUUUCUUUCCACUGGCUGAAUGCCAAGGUUCUUGCUCGGAAGACUCGGACUGUAUGGAUGGAUUGAAGUGCUUCGUAAGGCAAAACCGCGAGAUUAUCCCUGGAUGCCAAGGCGUCAGUCAUGACCGGGCAAACUAUUGCAUUCGCACAGUGGUCGAUGUUUUCGAGGGACAGUUAUUGAAUGCUAUUGACGUCGGAUACCCCCUCACGGAUGCACCAACCUUGACACAAUCACUGGAGGACUCAGCAUCCAUGUCGGAAACCCCUAGUCAUCUUGACGUGCCAGAAGCCUCUGACACCACCACCAACUUGACAGCAAUGUAUCUACUUCCGCAGCUGCAAAUUGUUGGCAAUGGACAGAUAUUUGACACGUAUCCGCUCACCAUUUGCAAGGGUGAUUGUGAUUUCGACGAGGAUUGCGCGGCUGGGCUCCGCUGCUUUCAUCGCCGUGCAUUGGAACCAGUUCCUGGUUGCGACACGAAAACACCGGGAGCCUUUGGGGCAGACUAUUGUGUUAAGGAGAGGUACAUGGUUGACGCCUUCAACUCAACUGGGCAUGAAUUUGGGUCUGCGGACUCCCCAGACACUGAGGAACAGCACGAAAUCAUUCUCGAGGACGAGUCUUGGGCAUUCCACAAAGAACAGGAGGAGAAGGACGUGCCUCCGACUACGAAGCCCGUUGACUCUCCCUCUGCUGAACCAUCCUCCGUUCCCAGCUUGACUCCAACCGAUGCGCCAACAGCUGCGCCAACCACAACGGCACCAAGCCUUAGCCCAACCGAGAUGCCUUCAGCAACCCCAACAGUUUCAAGUGAUCCACCUUCAAUAACGCCAACGGAUGUGACAGUGAUCUUGGGAGCCGCAGGGACACUUUAUCCAACUGGAGAAGAACCACUCCCCAAUCUCUCCCUCGUCUUCGACCCGGUCUUGCCCCUGUCAGAAUGCCACGGUGACUGCAACUCCCACGACGAUUGCGCUCCAGGUUUAUUAUGUUACCAACGAAAUAGUAAUGAGAUGCCCGUACCAGGAUGUGAAGGUCGUGCACCCACUAGCGCAGACUUUUGUAUCCGAGCGCAAUACGUUGAGGCACAUUACGUGUGGGAAAUCCCUGGUUACGAUGACCACGAUGCCCUCGCCGAAGGAGAAGCCGAGACUGAAGAUGCUGCUUGGGAUGCAGCCAUUGCCUCAACGCCUGAACCAUCAUUGUCAUCGACAACACAAGUCUCAAAUGACACCCUGUUUGACGUUAUCACCAAUUCGACAGAGGCCCCCACAACCUCGUGGACUAGCGACAGCGUUGUGUUGGAAGCCAUCGCUGCCGAAACGAAUCUUCCAUCAAGUCCGGUCGCCACUACCAGUGCUCCAAGCACCAGUGGUCCCUCAAUCGAAGAAGGAACUCUUGUUCCAACUUUUGCGUCCACAAGGAACGAAACCACGAUGGCGCCAUCCAUGUCUAGCACUGCCUCUCCAACCGAAUCACUUGCAACGACUCCGGCCCCCAGUCCAACGGCCAACACAACGGCUACCUCAACCAACGAAACAUACCUAGGAACGACAAACCUCACAAACAGCGCUACAGACAUCAACGGCACUACAGACACGAAUACAUCAGCACUAGAAUCAACCGAAACCUCAACACCGACGACUUCAAAUAAUACCAUCGUGGAUGUCAACAAUACGACAUGGGUGUUAGGUUACUUUUCAGCGGAAACCAGCAACAACACAACUGGCGUCAAUGCCACUGGGACCAAUUCAUCUCUUUUGGUAAAUGCUUCAGCUGCAACACCAACAAACAUGCCAUCCGCCUCGUUGCCCUAUCUCCAAAUGGUUGGCAACGACGGGUUGUUUGACAAUGGUACCUAUCCGCUACCGGAAUGCUACGGAGACUGCGACAAGAGCGGUGAUUGUUUGGGCGAAGAGCUCAUUUGCAUGCAGCGUAUUGCGAAUGAACCAGUGCCGGGAUGUCAAGGUCCGCCGUCGUUCAGCGUGGAUUACUGCGUUCGUGCCGAGUAUUUGAUGGCCGAUAAUGGCGACUACAUCCUUGAUCAAGAGGAGGCGCAAGUUUUCAAGAAGGCGACGGCAACCAGAAACGAAGAAAAACAGGGGGGUGACAACAAAUAAAUAGCCAGCAAUGACCGGCAUGCAAGAAAAGCCCUAGCUGGUGGCUGCAGAAAGAUCAUAGAUAUGUACAUGUGAAACAAAGAAGUGGGGGAUUCGUGGAGACUUGCUCUCUACCAUGCAGGGCCAUUAGACGAAGAUAGAAUACAUUAAAAGAACCCAAAGUAAAGCAUCCACUUCCUCGCCUUUCAGUGCGGUCCCGGGCUGGCUAGCUAGCUGGGAGUCAAGUAACCGAGUCGCUACCCAACACCGAGAACCUUUCUUCGCAGGGGUUGUGGGUUUACAUCUGACUGGCUUGACUCGAACCAGAACGAAAGCUUUCAAGGAAUGCAGGCAAUUAUUGGCCGUUGACAUCCAGAGCCAUGAAGCACUACAAAGCAGCUUAUGCCAGUUCCGGUGAUUUCCAUAUGCAUGGAUGAUCAAUACAGCGACCAUGUACCUUUCAAAUGAAUCAAUGGCUAUUAUCUAUUAUGCAUGCUUGGCAUCCAUCUCAACCUAGCUAGACUGAACCUCCUUCCUUCCUCAUCCUUCCACCAAACCU